GUGUGUGCGUGAAAAAUCUCGUGCUUGCCCAGCGAGCGCGCGCGCUGCUCUCUCUCUCCCUGUGAUGCGCGGGACGGAAAGCCUUCUACCCGGGUGGAAACCAACCUGAAGCAAAACCCCACCGAACCGCCGCCAAACCCAAACCUUUCAGGAGCUUCAGCAGCUCUAAUUCGGAUUAUUAUUGGGAUUUUUUUCUGGGGGACGCUGCGCUGGGAAAGCUGAGCUACAGCCCCCGCUAUAAGAGCAUAUCAACUACAAUACCCGCAAGGCAACAUGAUGGUGGUUUCCUCAGAAGGCAGAAGAGUAAGUGCGGUGGGAUCUGGCUGGAUGUUUGACAGUGUGUGUUCAGUUUGAAGCGAGUUUGUGAGGAUAGCAGCUGCUCAGCAAGCACACCACCGUCUGCACACAUCUUCUCAAGCUUCUCGAGUUAAUCUGUGCCAGAACAAGAACAUAGAACACAAACAAAGAAACAAAGAAACGAACAAGAACCUAAAAUACAACAAACGAAUAAACCAGAACUUUGUCGACUGACAGAGAAUAUAUUAUUGUGCAAUGUGAUUGGCCUUACGACUGUUACUUAAGACUGUUCUCCCUCUCUACUGCCCCCUGUGUCCUCUUUACGGAUAUUAAUCGUCGUGUCGUUGUUGAACCUUUUUUCGCUCGCUCACAGUGGGAUGUACUUUGGAUAUACGGACCUCUGAACCAAAGCUGUUUUCAAUGGUUUCCUAUUGUUCAGGAUUAUAACCCUCCCCAAUCUCCAGCACUUUCACAAUGACUCUGCUCAGAUAUCCUAUCCAGUUGCAGCUGCUGCUCAGCACUGUGCUUGGGCCCUGCUUGGGCCUGGAGUUUACAGGAGCACGAGGCCAGUGGGCCCGCUAUCUCCGCUGGGACGCCAGCACCAGAAGUGACCUCAGCUUCCAGUUCAAAACGGACGCGUCCACCGCCUUGGUCUUGUACUUCGACGACGGCGGCUACUGCGACUUCCUGCAGCUCAUGGUGGUGGAGGGCAAGCUGCAGCUGCAGUUCAGCAUCGACUGCGCCGAGACCACCGUGGUUUCGGACAAGCGGGUGAACGACAGCAGCUGGCACUUUGUCAGCCUGGGAAGGUACAACCUGAGGACUGUGCUGGGCGUGGACGGCGCCAACAAGGCCGACGAGGUGCGGCCGCAGAGGCAGUACAUGAAGAUCGUCAGUGACCUCUUCUUGGGGGGACUUCCCCAGGACAUUCGCACCUCAGUCCUGACCUUACCCACAGCCAAGGACCUGCCACCUUUUAAGGGGAUUAUCAGGGACCUGAAGUAUGGCAGAAAGGUGCCCACCCUACUCAGCAGCCAGAAGGUGCGGAUGGACAUGGAGGGCAUCUGUACGGAGAACCCGUGUGAAAACGGAGGGAUAUGCUCCCUCGUGGAUGGAGAACCUCUAUGCGAUUGUUCCAAGACUGAGUACAUAGGCCGAUUUUGCAGCGAAGAGGCUAACAGCAUCCCAGGCUUGGCACACAUGAUGAUGGCCGACCAAGCCAAGAGCAAAGCACGCGAGGAGAACGUGGCCACGUUCCGGGGCUCGGAGUACUUCUGCUACGACCUGUCCCAGAACCCCAUCCAGAGCAGCAGUGAUGAGAUCACGCUCUCCUUCAAGACCUGGCAGCGCAACGGCCUCAUCCUGCACACGGGCAAGUCGGCAGACUACGUCAACCUGGCCCUGAAGGACGGGGCCGUGUCCCUGGUCAUCAACCUGGGCUCCGGAGCCUUCGAGGCCAUCGUGGAGCCGGUCAACGGCAAAUUUAACGACAACGUCUGGCACGAUGUCAAAGUCACACGCAACCUCAGACAGCAUUCAGGCAUUGGACACGCUAUGGUCACCAUCUCGGUGGACGGGAUCCUCACCACUACAGGCUACACGCAGGAGGACUAUACCAUGCUGGGCUCCGAUGAUUUCUUCUACGUUGGGGGGAGUCCAAGCACUGCGGAUUUACCUGGAUCACCCGUCAGCAACAACUUCAUGGGCUGCCUGAAAGAGGUUGUCUACAAAAACAAUGACAUCAGGUUGGAGCUGUCUCGACUGGCUCGCAUCGUGGAUCCUAAGAUGAAGAUCCAGGGAGACGUGGUGUUUAAGUGUGAGAACGUGGCGACUCUAGACCCGAUCUCCUUCGAAACACCCGAGGCCUACAUCAGCCUGCCUAAGUGGAACACCAAGCGCAUGGGGUCCAUAUCCUUCGACUUCCGCACGUCCGAGCCCAACGGACUCAUCCUCUUCACUCACGGAAAGCCCCAGGACAGGAAGGCCACUGGCAGCCAGAAAAACACCAAGGUGGACUUCUUCGCUGUGGAGCUGCUGGAUGGAAGCCUGUACCUGCUGCUGGAUAUGGGCUCAGGCACCAUCAAGGUGAAGGCCACGCAGAACAAGGUCAACGAUGGGGCAUGGUACCAUGUGGACAUCCAGAGAGAUGGAAGAUCAGGAACUAUCUCAGUGAACAGUCGGCGUACGCCUUUCACUGCCAGCGGGGAGAGUGAAAUCUUGGACCUGGAAGGAGACAUGUAUCUGGGUGGCCUUCCUGACAACCGGGCCGGUCUUAUCCUACCCACGGAACUGUGGACUGCCAUGCUGAACUACGGCUACGUGGGCUGCAUCAGGGACCUGUUCAUCGACGGGCGCAGUAAGGACAUCAGGCAGAUAGCGGAGGCCCAGAACGGAGCUGGCAUCAAGCCCUCCUGUAACAAGGUGUCGGGCAAGCAGUGUGAAAGCUACCCCUGCAAGAACAAGGGUGUCUGUAAGGAGGGCUGGAACCGCUUCGUCUGCGAUUGCACCGGAACCGGCUACUGGUCCCGCACCUGCGAGAGAGAGGCGUCUAUCCUGAGCUACGACGGCAGUAUGUACAUGAAGGUGGUGAUGCCCACAGUCAUGCACACGGAGGCGGAGGACGUCUCCCUGCGCUUCAUGUCUCAGAGAGCGUAUGGGCUACUGAUGGCCACCACCUCCCGCGACUCGGCCGACACCCUGCGGCUGGAGCUGGACGGCAGCCGCGUCAAGCUGACGGUCAACUUAGACUGUAUCAGGAUUAACUGUAACUCCAGCAAGGGACCAGAGACACUGUAUGCUGGACAAAAACUCAAUGACAAUGAGUGGCAUACGGUGCGGGUGAUCCGGCGCGGUAAAAGCUACAAGCUCACAGUUGACGAUGACGUAGCUGAAGGUCAGAUGGUGGGUGACCACACCCGGCUUGAGUUCCACAACAUAGAGACGGGCGUGAUGACCGAGCGGCGCUUCGUCUCGCACAUCCCGUCCAGCUUCAUCGGCCACCUGCAGAGCCUGAAGUUCAACGGCCUGCUGUACAUCGACCUGUGCAAGAACGGCGACAUCGACUACUGCGAGCUGAACGCACGGUUCGGGAUGCGCUCCAUCAUCGCUGACCCUGUGACCUUUAAAGCCAAGAGCAGCUACCUGAGUCUGGCCACGCUGCAGGCCUACACAUCUAUGCACCUUUUCUUCCAGUUCAAAACCACUUCUGCGGAUGGCAUCAUCCUCUUCAACAGCGGCGACGGGAACGACUUCAUCGCUGUGGAACUGGUGAAAGGGUACAUACAUUAUGUGUUUGACCUUGGCAAUGGCCCAAACCUCAUCAAGGGUAACAGUGACAGACCUCUGAAUGAUAACCAGUGGCAUAACGUGGUCAUCACCAGAGAUAACAGCAACCUCCACACACUGAAAAUAGACGCCAAGGCCGUGAGUCAGGUUGUCAAUGGUGCCAAGAACCUGGACCUAAAAGGAGAUCUCUACAUCGCCGGUUUAGGACCGAACAUGUACAACAGCCUUCCCAAACUCGUAGCCUCGAGGGAAGGCUUCAAGGGCUGCCUGGCAUCAGUGGACCUGAACGGCCGCCUCCCCGACCUGAUAAACGACGCUCUGUUCCGCAGUGGACAGAUUGAGCGUGGAUGUGAAGCGUCGAAAAGCGAACUUGGUUUCAUCAAAGCAGAUCUACAAGGUCCUAGCACUACAUGCCAGGAGGACUCCUGCGCCAACAUGGGCAUCUGCAUCCAGCAGUGGGAGAACUAUACCUGCGACUGCUCCAUGACCUCCUACACCGGCACUCAGUGCAAUGACCCUGGAACCACGUAUAUCUUUGGGAAAGGAGGAGGCACCAUCACCUUUAACUGGCCGGCUAACGAGCGGCCGAGCACGCGCACGGACCGGCUGACCGUGGGCUUCAGCACCUCGCUGAAGGACGGCAUUCUGGUGCGGAUCGACAGCGCCCCAGGCCUGGGAGACUACCUCAUGCUGCACAUUGAACAAGGCAAAAUCAGCGUCACGUUCAACAUCGGGACAGUCGAUAUCAUUGUGCAAGAAAACAGCAUCCCGGUGAACGAUGGCAAGUACCACGUGGUACGAUUCACGAGAAACGGCGGCAAUGCCACGCUACAGGUGGACAACUGGGCCAUCAACGAGCACUUCCCCGCAGGCAACAACGAUAAUGAGAGAUUGCAAAUGGCAAAUAAGAAAAUCCCAUUCAAAUAUGCCCGGCCCGUAGAGGAGUGGCUACAGGAGAAAGGGCGGCAGCUAACGAUAUUCAACACCCAGGCCACCAUUACCAUCGGAGGCAAUGACCGCAAGAGGCCAUUUCAGGGCCAGCUCUCGGGCCUCUACUACAACGGCCUGAAAGUGCUCAACAUGGCCGCCCAGGGCAACCCCAACAUCCGGAUCAACGGCAGCGUGCGGCUGGUGGGGGACGUGCCCUCAGCCGGAUCGGCCAGGACCACGGCGCUGCCCCCGGAAAUGUCCACCACUUUCAUCGAGACCACAACCACCAUGUCCACCACAACCACCAGAAAGCACCGCUCGCCACCUACAAUAUCGAGCACGGACGACAUGGGCACGUCCGCCGAGUGCUCCAGCGACGACGAGGACUUGGAGGAGUGCAACCUCGAACAUACAGGUGGGCUAGGAGGUGAAUUAAUUAUCCCAGUACAUGUAGAAGAUCCCUUAGAACUCCCUCCUGUAGCUACACGUGCACCCUCCAUUCCUCUCCCCCCAACCCUCCGUCCCCCCCUCACCAUUAUUGAGACCACCAAAGAGUCCCUGUCCAUGGCCACUGAGGCGGGGGUACCUUGCUUGUCGGACCAAGGCAGCGAUGAUUGUGAUGAUGAUGGCUUGGUGAUAUCUGGGUAUGGCUCUGGGGAAGCAUUUGACUCUAACCUGCCCCCUACUGAUGAUGAAGAUUUUUACACCACCUUCUCCUUGGUAACAGAUAAGACCUUGUCUACGUCGGCCUUUGAAGGUGGCUACAAAGCUCACGCGCCUAAGUGGGAAGCCAAGGACUUUAGGCCUAACAAAGCCUCCGAAUAUGGUAGGACUACUACCACGUCUUUAUCCCCCAAGCUGAGCCGCUCCACAACUGCGUCCACGCCCGCCACGCCACCCAAACUGCCUGCAGGCAAAAUGAAUAACCGCGAGGUUAAGCCCCAGCCCGACAUAGUCUUGCUUCCAUUGCCCACUUCGUAUGAGGUAGACAACACAAAGCUGAAGAACCCAUUAAUAACCUCCCCCAUGUUCCGUAAUGUACCCACAGCAAUUCCCACGGAGCCAGGCGUCAGGCGGGUUCCGGGGGCCUCCGAGGUGGUCCGUGAAUCUAGCAGCACCACCGGAAUGGUCGUCGGGAUAGUUGCUGCUGCUGCUUUAUGCAUCCUUAUUCUGCUGUACGCCAUGUAUAAGUACAGGAACAGGGACGAGGGAUCGUACCAAGUGGACGAGAGCAGAAAUUACAUAACCAACUCAGCACAGAGCAAUGGUGCGGUCAUGAAGGACAAGCAGCAUAGCUCGAAAAGCAGCAACAAGAAACAGAAAAACAAGGACAAGGAAUAUUACGUGUGAGUGAAAUGGUGGAAAAGCGGAAAAAAAAAAAAGACACAAACUGAGAAAAAUCCGAAAGAGACAGAGACGCUGUAAAACACUGACCGUAUCGGGAGCUGCACUGAGAGAGCGUGAGAGUGAACGAAAGCGAGAGAGAGAGAGUGAACAAAAGAGAAAAAGAGUGAGUGGGAAAGAGAGAGAGAAAGAGGGGAAAUGGCACUGUGCUGAGGUGCUGACCACUCACAUGAACUGUAAUAUAAAGCACACUUACUAUUGUAAGCAUACCGAGAAGGUAAAAUAGCGACAUUAGUGACCUUAUUCUUCAAUCUGGUCGAAGACGUUAUCAGUGUAGAUCAAAAACAACGUGAAAAAAAAAAAUCUUCUUCACAGCUACAUCAUUAUCCUAAGUGACUCUUAGAGGUAUGUGAUCCUUGGCGUAAAAAAUCUGGUUUUCUUCUUGAUUUUUAUUUUCUUUAUUUUUUGGUUUCUUUUGUAAUCCUGUAAAGAACAACAAAAAGAAAGAAAAAAAACAAGAGGAGAAGAAAAUUAUUCCGGCCAUUGCAAGCAUGUGAGCAAGACGUAGUUGGCAUCUUAAGAGAGUGGGACAGAUUUAAAAAAAAAAAAGAAAAAUAUUUAUUGUACAAAAACAGAGAAAGAUGAGAAAGAUGGACUCCUGCCAAAAAAGAUCUAUAUAUGAAAAAAAAGAUUUGUAUUGUUUAUACAUUAAUUAUAUGUGGUGUCAAUUUUUUGCUCUCUGCAAAAGAAGAAAAAUACGUACUAUGUAGUAAAUGAAAUGAAAGUUGAGUGAAACUGCUGAGGACAGAUCAGCCAAGCUCUUGCAGCACUGUUAUAUUCGAACUCGACCAAAAUUAUGUUUUUAGUCGUUUUCCAACCGACUGUGACAUUGCAGAUUUGUGAAUUGAGAGAAGUGGUGCAGUUCUUUUUUUUUUUUUUUUUUUUUUUUUUAGUUUUUUCUUUUCUCGUCUCGGUAAAGCGACUGAUUGUAAAUGCAUGCCAUCCUACACGAAGACGAUGUGCGAUGUUCGAGUGAGCUCGAGCAGACGAGGCCAGUUCGUUCAUCAUCAGACACGCCCUCUUUUCCCCUCAAAGUGUCAAAAAGUGACCACUGCAACAAUAUCAACAGAAAGCACAGCGACAAUGAAUACAUCAACAACAAUGGCAACAACCGCAACAAAAAAAAAAGCAACAAAAAGUCCCUGCGAACCCUCCUUUGUUUCUUUUUAUUAUUUCAUUGCGGCCAGUGCUGAUUUUAUCAGAUCUUUGGUUUUAUGAUCACAUGUAUGUUGCUCCAUUUCCUCUUGUUUUCCUCUUUUUUAUGAAGCUGUCUGGUGCAGACUGGCACUCUACUAUAAACGCUGUUACGGAUGUCUAUACGGAAAAAUAAAUCUAAUGUGAAAAGUGUGAAUUCUAUCUGUUGUCACAGUCAACUGUGUCAAACGACGAUGAUGAAUUUGUUUACAUAUUUUACUACAUUCUAGCAGUUGUACUUUUGAGGUAGAUACUGUACAUAUAUAUACGAACUUAAGUUGUAUUUUUUUUAGUGACUAUUGUACAGAGAGAUCGUUUGCUUUAUCGGUGUGUUUCAAUGGAGAAAAUCAGACCUUGUCGACAUUGACGUGAAGAGAGACUUUGCAGUGCUGGAAAAAUCCACACUUAUUUUGUAACGAAAAGCAGAGAGAAUAUUGUUAGAUUAGAGGUCUAAUCUUUCUCACAGAUUUGUUUCUAAGUCGCAUGGAUAUUUGACUACUUGACGCUGUCAAUCAAAUACAAGACACACUUCUUAAUUGUACUGAGACUUCCUUGUUAUCGGUUGUUUUUAUUUAUGGAAGAAUCAACAGAAUAUGUAUAACAAUAAAAACAGAGUCAUAUGGAUGCGGACACGCAGUUCACACCAUCUACAUCCAGUGUGAUUCUUACCGUCGGACCUCGGUGCGGGCUGCCUCUACCACAGUGAACCAACCAGUCGCUGCUCAUGUUCAUUAUUAAAGCUGUGUGUUUAGUACAUAGAAAUGUCAUCAUGCUUUCUGUAUGCUUCAUUAGUUCUUAUCUUUUAAUCACAUUAUUUUUUUAAUACAUGUUUUGCUUUGCAUUUUGAGCUGUGUUGUGUAAUAAAACAUGUCAUGGA